CCACGCGAGCAAAGAGGGCUAGGGUUUCUCUGCCGUCGAUUCAUCAAACCCGCCUUCGCCCCGUCGCCUCACUCCUCUGCUCUCUCCCGCGACACGGAUCACGCCGCCCCGUCGCCCCUCGAGCACGUCGCCGGCGCGCAUCCUCACCGCUGCAGAGGCCCACUGCCCCCUCCCCACUCCCCGCCCUUGCCGCCGCCAUGGCGAUCACCGCCCAGGUUCCGGACAUCAUGGGCGAGCGCCAGUCCGGCCAGGAUGUCCGCACCCAGAACGUCUCGGCGUGCCAGGCGGUGGCCAACAUCGUCAAGUCAUCGCUCGGCCCCGUCGGGCUCGACAAGAUGCUGGUGGAUGAUAUUGGUGAUGUCACGAUCACAAAUGACGGAGCCACCAUUCUGAGGAUGUUGGAGGUCGAGCAUCCUGCGGCGAAGGUUCUCGUGGAAUUGGCUGAGCUCCAAGACCGGGAGGUUGGAGAUGGAACUACCUCUGUCGUCAUCAUUGCGGCAGAGUUGCUGAAGAGAGCCAAUGAACUUGUGAGGAAUAAGAUUCACCCGACCUCUAUUAUUAGUGGCUACAGGCUUGCUAUGCGUGAAGCAUGCAAGUAUGUUGAGGAAAAGCUGUCUGUCAAGGUGGAUAAACUUGGAAAAGACUCCCUUAUAAACUGUGCAAAAACUAGCAUGUCCUCGAAACUGAUUACAACGGACGAUAAUUUCUUUGCAAAUCUGGUUGUAGAAGCAGUUCAAGCUGUGAAGACUACAAACUCAAAGGGAGAAGUGAAGUAUCCAAUCAAGAGUAUUAAUAUUUUGAAAGCUCAUGGUAAAAGUGCCAAGGAAAGUUACCUGCUGAAUGGUUAUGCGCUGAACACUGGCCGUGCAGCUCAAGGAAUGCCUACCAGAGUAACCCCUGCUAGAAUUGCUUGUCUUGAUUUCAACCUUCAGAAGACGAAAAUGCAAAUGGGUGUUCAAGUCCUUGUAUCUGAUCCAAGGGAACUGGAGAAGAUCCGUGAGAGAGAAUCUGACAUAACGAAGGAGCGAAUUGAGAAAGUUCUCAAGGCUGGUGCUAAUGUUGUAUUUACCACUAAGGGAAUUGAUGAUAUGUCAUUGAAGUACUUUGUUGAGGCUGGAGCAAUUGCAGUAAGACGUGUGCGUAAGGAGGAUUUGCGCCAUGUUGCCAAGGCAACAGGUGCAACAAUGGUGACUACUUUUGCUGACAUGGAGGGUGAAGAAACAUUUGAUCCAUCAUUCCUUGGACAUGCCGACGAGGUCGUUGAGGAAAGGAUUUCUGAUGAUGAAAUAAUUCUGGUGAAAGGCACAAAGAACACAAGUGCGGUUUCCAUUAUACUCAGAGGAGCAAAUGACUUCAUGCUAGACGAGAUUGAACGGUCUUUGCACGACGCACUCUGCAUUGUGAAGAGAACUUUGGAAUCCAAUACGGUAGUUGCUGGUGGUGGUGCUGUAGAAACUGCAUUAUCUGUGUACCUGGAGAAUCUUGCUACAACUCUUGGAUCCAGGGAACAACUGGCAAUUGCUGAAUUUGCAGAAUCUUUGUUGAUCAUACCAAAGGUCCUUGCUGUUAAUGCCGCAAAAGAUGCAACUGACCUUGUUGCAAAGCUUAGGUCAUGUCAUCAUAAAGCUCAAACAAAUGCUGAUAAGCAGCACUUAUCAAGCAUGGGUCUUGAUCUGACAAAAGGUGUAAUCCGCAACAACCUUGAACAUGGCGUCAUCGAGCCAGCAAUGAGCAAAGUGAAGAUCAUUCAGUUUGCCACAGAAGCAGCCAUUACCAUUGUGAGGAUUGACGACAUGAUCAAGCUUGACAAGGAAGAGUCUGGCCAAGAAGAGUAGCCACAUGCCAUUUUACGAUCCCUGGUUGCUGUUUGUUAUGCCAUGGCUGGUUGCUUAUAGACUCUUAGAUGCUGCUUGUGAUUUUCCUUUUCUUCCUCUUUGUAUUGGCGGACGUUCUUGUAGAAUGUUGUACGGAAGAUGGAUGUAUGGGUGAUUGAGUGUGCAUCAUUAUGUGUGGGUAGUAGGACUCGUGAACGGAAGCAAAUUUUGCCUGCCUGCAGCUUUUAGGGCAUUGCUGAUAGUUCAUGCAAGUAACAUUGUUGUCAUAUAUGUAUUGAUCCACUGUUACCACUGCUUCAAAGGAAGCUGCUGCAUCAUGUUCGGCCCAAUUAAUAUGCAGUUGCUUUGGUUUAA